UACACACAAACAAAUACAAAUACAAUGACAGAUAAUAAUAAUAUACUUCAAUUUAAAGAGUUUAGUGGAUUUGUUAAUAUAUCAUUCUGGCAUGAGUUGUCUCAGAAGAAGUUGGAUGUAUUCAAGUUGAGUGAUGCACCUGUACCAAUCAAUGCAUACUAUACUUAUGCCACAGCUGCUCAAUUGGACCCUUUCUUAAACUUGGAGUAUAACUCAUUCCUACCAUACAACAACAGCAGCAGCAAUGUAGCUGAAGACUCUGCUCCUUCAUUCAGAGUGCCACCAAAGUCGAUCGUUGUAGGUGGUACACUCUACAACUAUAACACCAAGGAGGACUUUAAAGCUGCUCCCAAGGUCAAACUAUUUGAGGACACUGCAAAGGCUAUCUGGGAUGACAUUAUGAGUGGCGAAGCAGAGCGUGAUCCAUUGAGAUUGAACAGGUACUUGUUGUUGACCUUUGCAGAUAUCAAGAAUCAUACAUUCUAUUAUAUGUUUGGUAUACCUGCUCUGUCAUUCACUACACCAAUCACUGUGAGCAAGUGCGAGCCAAUCACACAGUUGCUGAAUGAGGAGCAGAUCAAGUCACUCAAGAGUCAGGCACCAUAUCAACCAUUCUUUUUGCUUCAAGCCAAUAGUGCUGAUGUCAAGCUCGGACAGCUAUCUCAGUGGAAUGAGUUCUAUGGCACAACAACAUCAACACCGAUUGUUGGCUUCUGCGACCCUUGCAACCUUGCUUCCAACCCCGGAUGGCCUCUUAGGAACUUGCUCUACAUGCUGGCCGUUCGUCACAAUGUGAAGGAGGUUACCGUCGUCUGUCUACGUGACACCAAGUCAUCGAUCGAUACCUCCAUCGUACUCACCGUAUCACUACCCGAGCAAUCCAAGGAGUGGAGUGGCAAGUCGGUCGGUUGGGAGAAGGACACCAAUGGAAAGAUCCUUCCAAGAUCAGUUUCACUUGCAUCCACAAUGGAUCCACUCAAGUUGGCCACACAAUCAGUCGAUCUCAAUCUGAAGCUCAUGAGAUGGAGAAUCCUCCCAGCACUGAACCUCGAGUUGAUCCAGAACACCAAGUGUCUACUCCUUGGUGCUGGUACACUUGGUUGCAAUGUUGCCAGAUGUCUAAUGUCAUGGGGCGUUAGGAAUAUAACCUUUGUUGACAGUGGAAAGGUAUCUUAUAGCAAUCCAGUGAGACAGACAUUGUUCACAUUCAAUGAUUGUAUCGCACCAAAGGGCAAGGACAAGGCUUUGGCUGCGGCAGAGUCACUCAAAUUGAUCUUCCCCGCGAUGAACUCCAAGGGUGUGAUCAUGUCAAUCCCCAUGCCCGGCCAUUCAGUACCCGAGAAUGUCACUGAUCAGGUGCGAGCAGCAUACGACACACUGGUCGAGUUGGUUGAGCAGCACGAUGUCAUCUUCCUUCUCACCGAUUCUCGUGAGUCUCGUUGGCUACCAACACUACUUGGUCGUGCCAACAACAAGUUGGUCAUCAACUCUGCCCUUGGAUUUGACAGCUUCCUUGUCGGACGUCAUGGUGUGAGGACUCCACAUCCUGAUGAGUCACCAAGCAACGAAGGUGCUGACUUGGGUUGUUACUUCUGUAACGAUGUCAUUGCUCCAUCAGACACCUUGAAGGACAGAACAUUGGGAUCAACAAUGUACAGUGACUAG